AGAAAAGCAGAAAGCAAAAUGUACAUCGUCAGUUGGGGAGCAGCAGUUGCUCGGCGUGGUUAUCGUUUGUACUUUUCCCUUUGUGCUUUUUGGCACGUGGGACCAUUGCCAAAGCGGGUUCUCUAAAAAUAGAAAGCACUACCAAAAAAGAUCAUUUAUUCAAGGCGGCCAUGAAUAGUGCAGUACCGACAGGCGUGGUAGGACUACCCUAUCGAUUUUCGGAUGAGCGUACGGUCAAGUUCGUAGAGCUUUACGGCCGGGAACCUUGUCUAUGGAACAAGCGACCCUAUUUGCGACGAGCUCGAAACGCCGCCUAUCGGCGAAUUCAAUCCGGGAUCAAUGCUGAUAUAGAGCCAUACGAAUCAGGUCUUACCAUACAGGGCGUCAAGAUGAAGAUCAAGAAUCUCCGUACUGGGUACCACCAGGAGCUGAAGAAGAUCAGAACUAUUGCGGGAUACCAGGCAAAGACGCCCUGGUUUGCCCCACUUCACGGAUUUUUGGCAGAGUUCCUAGACACGAAUGAGUUGGAUACAGCAACAACUACGCAACUAAGGCGUCUACAGAUUCGACUAACCAGGCUAAAGCCGAUUAAGAUACAGACGGAGAUUAAGCCUGAUCCAGAUGAUUUUUGUGCCCCCGAGAUGCCAUUGGAUCCUACACCCUCGUCCUUAUUUACUGUGCUGCCAGCACCCAUGACCAUGGACCAGCCUCCCACUCCACCGCCUUCCCUGCCCAAGAUCGGAGACAUCAACUCACCAGGACUUCCAGCCCCAGUUCCUGUUCAGAUGCCACUGCCCCUGUCCACAGCCUGCUCCAUUUCCGAAAAGAGUGAGGUCUUGGGACUGGGUCUGGGAUCAUCGGCAGCUCGACGGGCGAAUGGAGUUGGACUCGGCGUUGGUAUGCGAGGCGAGGACGAGUUCACCUACUUUGGUCUGAGCGUUGCCGCGCAAAUCCGGAAUAUGCCAUUGGCUAGUGCGAUGGUAAUGCAGUCGAAAAUCCAGUAUAUGCUCUCUAUGGAGCGUCGUAAGAUUAAUGGCCAUCCUGGCGAUAUGGAUAUAUUAUUUAACUAAGUUUCUAAGUUUCGUUAGUAAAUUAUGGAGAUUACAUUCCUUUAUGAAUCUGUGAAUAUGGUUAUACGUUAUCUACUUGUAUAAUUUGGCAGAACAUCUUUAAUUGAUAAAUUAGGUAGACUUAUGUGCUGUGUUCUUGUUCGAAAACACUAAGUAUCAUAUUGCACUAAACUCAAAGGCAAAGCAACCUCAUAAUUAGUAUAAGUUACUAAAAAAAUGAAUAAUGAAAAAAUCAAAAUUAUGUUCAUAUCACAUCAUUCAAAGUCUUUUGUUUCUUAAGCAAAUGUACAGACUUCCAAUUAAACU